ACACACUCCCUUCUCACAGGUCUGUGUAACCUCCUUCUGAAGCAACGCAACACAACAGACACCAGGACCUCUUGUGGCAGGGAGUUCCAUACAAUGCCAGUGAGGAGGUUGGCGAGUCCCUGGCCUCUCUCAUCCCACUCGGAGGCUGGGCUAUGCCCAGGCUCCUGAAGACUUGAGUGCCCCCCAUUUCCUGCUACUUCUGUGCAGGCCCCUCAAGGGUGCAUGCGGUGGUUGUACUUGCACAGGUGUCACAAGAAAGGCUUCCAGCAUGGGGUUGGCGCAUGCCUGGUGCUUGCAGGAAGCAAGUCCAAAACAGAGGGACGGAGCCACGUGGGGCACUGGUCAAGGCCCCACGAGGAGCCAGAGGGUGAGCCUGCUGCCUCUGCCUGCAGCUCCCAAGGGCCACCCAGCAUUCUGCCCCCCCCCCCCGCUCCCAGCAGUCGUGGCCCUUUUGCACUGAAGGGAACAAGGAGGCUUUGCAACUGACAGCACAUUUUCUCCUCCCCCCCACACAUUUGGAGGCAUUCCCAGCCCGCCAAUGCCCAGCGGCUGUGGCGUCCUCAGAGCCAAGGGUGGCACCUACUCUGGAGCAGUUGGGGAACAAAGGAGCAUUCUCGAGAUGCCCGAAUGUGACUCCUUCUGCUGAAAGAAAGUUGGCAGCGCUUUCCCUGAGGGGCAGGCAGGGCUCCGCGUGGCAAAACCAGUUCUUAGCGCUCAGCGCCAACCCAGGAAGCUGGAGAUGAUCUAUUCCAAGCUUCGCCCCACGGGAUACAUUUGCAGGUGGAGGAUGGAGGAAAGGCAGCCCUCUCGCAGAAGAUGCGCUCAGGCGACGAGCUGGUGAACAUCAAUGGCACCCCGCUCUACGGCUCUCGGCAGGAAGCGCUCAUCCUGAUCAAGGGCUCCUACCGCACACUCAAGAUGAUCAUUCGGAGGAGGAACGUGCCCAUCAUCAGGCCCCACUCAUGGCAUCUGGCCAAGCUCUCCGAGGUCCAGACUGAGGCCGCCACCAUGACCUUUCCUGCUGACCCCCUCAGCCUCUUCUGGCAUUUGGGCUGUGAGACGAGUGACCUGCCUUUGCCGUGGAACCCUCUUUCUCCCCACUACACCACAGAAAAGAACAGCUCCCUCGGGAGCAUGGAGAGUCUGGACCCGCCCAGCCAGGCCUACUACGAGGGCAGCCCGUCUCCCAUCGACCAGGCCAUGUGCCAGAGCAAGCGGGACUCUGCCUACAGCUCCUUCUCAGCCAGCUCCAACGCCUCCGACUCCGUGCUGCGACCUGAGGAGGGCAGCUCCACGGACGGUGCCCAGCCCGCCCAGCUGCCAGAGCCUCGCUACCUGCAAACGGGCGGUGAGCCGGUGGGCCUGCCCUGCCCGGCUCCCGGUGCCAGGCUACCCUCCAGCGUUCAGCCGAGCUCCCUUCCCAGCCCUGCCAAAGUGGCUGCCGCCCCUCCCCAGCCGCCCUUGAGACAGGACAGCCUGCGUGCAUGUAACUCCCCGCCAGAAGCCCCAGGAUCCCCGCCCCGCACAGGUUUUUUGUGUUGUGAGGGCCAGUGGAGCUCGGACGCCUCCCUCUGCACACCUGGCAGAGACCGCCAUGGGCCGGGGGGGCAGCUGCCCACCACGGGCCCCCUGAAGGACUCUCUAUUCACUGAUCAGUACUACCUGCUGAGCUCGCACACAGAGCAGCCCUCCGUGAUGGAGAAGGGCCCACGAAGCCCCCGCGCCCCUUUGGCUGAGGAGAACACCAGACGGCCCUUAGGAGACCCCCCUAAAGGGAAGGAGCAUGAGACAGAGCCGGACAGCCACGAAGGCUCCCCGUCUCCCUGGAAGGCUGCCUGGGCCGGGCCCUUUGGCCAUCGCCACAGCAUCCCAGAACACUUGCUGGUUGCCCAGUUGCAGGCUCUGGAUGUCUCCCGUGGCCAGGAGGGUCCUCACUGGACAGUGUCCCCACUGCACAAGGAGCAAAAGUACCUGCGGGCUCCAGAGCCAUGGUUGAAUCCGGGCCACUGCGGCCAGAACACCUGUGGACAAGCGGAAGAGCUGGGUCCUCUUCCAACCUCUGGGGAGGGGUCGCCGUCUCCACCACGGGGCGCAUGCACAGCGCUAGAGAGUCCCCAGAGCACCCUUGCUGACCUGGCAGGUUCCCUGCCACCGCCGCCAUUUGGAAAUGCCAGCACUGCCCCAUCAGACCUCCAGGCAGCCCCCUGCACAGAUACUUUGCCAGAUGCUGAAAGGAGCCCACCAGCUGCCCGGAAGGCAGGCUCAGCCCAGCAUCGUUCUGCACAAACCCGCCGACGCAGUGACCGCUUUGCCACCAACUUGCGGAACGAGAUCCAGUGGCGCAAAGCCCAGCUCCAGAAGGCAAAAGGUGCUGGGGUGCUGGGGUGCGAGGAGGAGCCUGCUCAAGAGACAGAAGAGCCCCAUGCCCACACCGCGGCUUCUGCCCCACCCCCUCCCUUAGGGGAGGGCAAGCCCCAUGGCUCCUCUGGGCUGCCGGCUGUGCCCCCCAAGCGCUGGGGCUCUGACCUGAGUGUGUUUGGUGGGGAUAGCGUGCCAGGCAGCCCCCAAAGGCCACCUGGGGACCCAGUGCCUAAGGAGAAGGCCGCUCGGCCAGAGAAACCUCUGCCACCGGCCCGUGGAGGCCGAGGAGGCCGCUGGCGGUGGUCCCCGGAGCACAAGCUUCAGCCUCAGGAGUCAGAGCCGGGACCUUCCUUGCAGCCACCCCCAGAGGAACCUGGUCUUCUACCUUUCGCCGACCGGCGGAAGUUCUUUGAGGAGACAAGCCGGCCACCGUCCUCCGGGCCCUCGGGCUCCCAUCAGGACAGGCUCCGGGGCGCACAGCCCCCCGAGGCAGAGAAGCCAGGAAGCACCAAGCAUGGGGACUUCCGGCGCCACUCCCUCGACCAGUCCUACCGGUGCCUGGCAUCGCCCCCCAUCUACCAGGACUUCCAGCCAGAGGUGCUGGGGUUGUGCCAGCCCCUGGCUCGACACGGUCCAGAGGGCGACUGUUGGAGGCCUCUUCCUUGCUCUUGUGCCAUCCGAGAGGCCUGUGCCUACAGCUUGCGGGAUGAGUGUGCCAUGCUGCAUGCGAGGAACAUGCCGGUGCCGUCCAGCCACUGUGCCCACCAUUGUCACCCCUGUCCCUGGAGCUGCUGCAGUGACUGCUGUUGCCCAGCUCAGCAGAAGCUGCUGGAGGACGGAGGCCCCUGGCAAGCAAGGAAGCCUUUUCAGAUGGAAUUCCCAGCGGGAGAGUGGGAGCCCCCAGCCGCGAACCGAGCAAGCAGCCAGUCUGUGAGUCAGCUCUUGCAGCACAAGGUGGCCUUUGCAAGGGUCAGCCCAUUCUGGACCUGCUUUGAGCGCGCUGAACCGGCCUGGCCCCCUUUCUGCCGGGCUGCGUCCACGCGUGACCUCUCCUGGGACUGCGAGCGGCCAAGACGGGCUGUGGAGAAGGUGGGCUCGGAGGCAGGCCCCGGCGAGCCGCGCAAACCCCCCUUGCGUGAAAGGGCCUAUUCGGAGAGCCGCCUCUGUGUUGAGCCAGCCGGUGUGUCUGCAAGGGAGUGGCGAGAAGCCCCAUCGGCCAAGUUGGAGGAGACGGGACUGAAGUCACCACCAUGCCAAGCCAGAAGAAGGGCUCCGCCACCUCCACGGCCCCCUCCGCCCAACUGGGAGAAGUACCGCCUGUCCCGGGCUUCACACCAACAGCUUCUCCCUGCCCACGCUGACCUGCCUGCGCACUCGAAUGACUCCUGGGGCACCGGCCAGACCGGCCUUGAAGCAGCCAGGCAGCGUUCUCAGAGCCUGCCUGUGGAGCGGCUGUGGAACAACAGGCUGCAGCUGCAGUGCCCGCCACUACCUUGUGCGGCACCUGGUGGCGCCCCUUCCCUCCCUGAACAAGACAACCCCCUCUACUACUGCCAUGGUUCACCACACCGGAGCCUGGAGUGGCUGAUGCCCGAGACGAGUGACCGGAGUGGCUCUUCCAGGGCAGCCGGUGCCUUGGAGGAGGAAGCCACCAACCGGCCACCCCGGGAUGAGGAGCAGGAGAGGCUGGUUGGCAGCCCCUCAGAGCAGCCCCCCAGCCUGCACCCCCAGCAGCGUGCGCCUGUAUCCAAGGACGCUGCGGGAGAGAGUCGCUGCACCGGCCAGGAAGCAGGGCCACCCCCCCUGCGCCUGAAUUCGGAGGAGCUGAUGAGAGACGUGGCGGGCAGGGACCGGUCCCUGGCUGGAGUGCUGAGCUCUGGUUUGGGGUUCAGAUCAGCUGCCGAGGUGAUGGGUGACCUCUUUGCUGCAAGCGAUUGCCCCCCAUGGAAAGGGCAGGACAGGUCUCCACUGGGGAGUGGCCCCAGUUGCCCCAAAAGGCAGCAGGUGCCGCUGGAGACCCCGACCCUCGGAGGAGCCGCCAGCCCCACCUCCCGCUUGACGUACUACAACCUGUCGGCAGGCAAGGCCGAGCUGCUGAAUAAGAUGAAGGACCGUGCUGAGCUGGCUGUGGCCCAUUCAGAAGAGGAGGAGCUGGACCAUGACCUGGCUCAGAAGAAGGUGCAGCUGAUUGAGAGCAUUGGACGGAAGCUCAUGGUGUUGCAGGAGGCCCAGCAGGGUCUGCAGGACGACCUGAGUGCCAACACAGCCCUCGGCAGAGAGGUGGAGAACUACAUCAAGGGGGCUUGCAAGCCCCACGAACUUGAGAAGUUCCGCCUCGUCAUAGGCGACCUGGACAAGGUGGUCAACCUGCUGCUCUCGUUGUCGGGGCGGCUGGCCCGAGUAGAGAAUGCCCUGAGUGGCCUGGAUGCACAGGAGGAGGAGGAGGAGGAGGAGGAAGAGAAGAUGGCUCUCCUGGAAAAGAAGCGGCUGCUGAUGGCGCAAUUGGAGGAUGCCAAGGAGCUGCAGGAACAUGUGGCGCAGCGGGAGAAGCUCGUCUUCGCCAGCGUCUCACGCUGCUUGCCCGCCGAGCAGCUACAGGACUACCAGCACUUUGUGCGCAUGAAGUCCGCCUUGGCGAUCCAGCAGCGGCAGUUGGAUGAUAAGAUCAAGCUGGGUGAGGAGCAGCUGCGUUGCCUCCGGGAGAGCCUGCCCCGGAGGCCCAGAGAGCACUAGAAGAGCCCCAGGACCCCACCGGUUGGGGGGCUGACUGCAACCUGCAGGAGCUCUGGUGCCUUCCUGUCCUCCAGAAAGCGAUGAUGCCUUCUGCUGAAGAGGGCUGUGCCAAAUAGCCAUGCCUGUUCCUCUCCUCCGUGGCCAGGGAAGAAGGGGUCACCCAAAAAGAUGCACCCCCUGCACUUGGGAUCAGUUGUCACCGCUGCUGCUCAAGAAAAGGUGGCUGUGGGAAUCCUGGAGUCACACUGGAAUGAAGAGGCUGUGGGGGUCCUCACAGCCCCCCCAAGACUACCUGGCUGGCUAGAUGAGGUGACCCCGCUGUCUCCAUUCCUUCCAGGGGGCCAUGUGGCCUUGGGUGGACAACAGAGGCUCCCUCUGGCAGUAAUUGGGGGUUGACGUUCCUAGCCCGCAACGCUCACCUGACAUGCCUACAACCCUGGAAGGUGCUUCUUCUACUGGUCCACGUUAUUUAUUUUCUUCUCUCGCUGUGUUAGGGUUUGUCUCCAAGUUAAAGCAGGAUUCCGGUCGGGCGAGGGCCAGGUGGCUGGACCGGCUGGUCAGGAGCGUGGCUCAUGGUCUUUCAGAGCCCACAUCCACAGCAGCACUUGGCACGUGAGCGUCACAAAGGGAGACCUCGCCUUGGUCCGAGGCUUCGCGGCGUCCCACCGCCCUUUGUCCCCAGCUAAGCACUUACGGCUGCUGCUUCAGCCUUCCCAUGGAGGGGACCAUCAGCGUGAGACCUUUCACAUGUCUUGCCUUGCCUCUCCCGUGCGGUCACUCAGAGGCUGAGCUCCAGGCCUAAGUGGGCUCAGGUGGCGCCUGUCCAGCUGCAAAAUCCUUGCCAGUGAGAUAGCGCAGCACCAGGGCCACGUGAGGAUCAGUGUGGAGAACCUGGGAAGCGUCGCCAGAGCAGCCUUGGAAAAGCCUUGCUUUGCACUGGGGUGCGGUCAGACUCCCUGAGCCAGAGAUCAUGGCAUGGCAGCAGGAAUACACAUGAGCUUGUCUUUUCUUGUGAGCUACGUACAUGUCCUGCCGGCUGCCUUAAUUUAUCCAGCGGGCAACCCAGCCCCAAUUACUGGCUCUGUCCCUCGGCUUUGGGCAGGCAGCCGCACCAUGGGAGGGGGUCUCCCUUCCCAUUCUCCUGCCCUGGCCUGAAACUGAAUUCCCUGGCAAGAACAGUUGUGGGGCGGGGGAGCUGGGGCUGGAUACGCAGGGCUUCUCUUCCUAUCUCCCCUGUGUCCAUGGCCAGAGGAAUGUGUUGGGAUCCUGCCACGGCUAUUCUGCCCCCAACAUCCUCUUCCUCUCCAUUGUCCUUGGCCCAGUGCAGGAAGCCAGGUCUGCUUGGCUUAACCCCUUCAGUGCCGGGCUGCCUUGAACUCCUGGCCACACGUUCUCCCCUUGAGGAAGAGCUGCCUUAGUGCUCUGGGCCUCGAAAGGAGUUAAAAUCUCACUGCCUGGGCUCCCAGUAAGCAGGGGAGGAGGACCCUGCACUCCCAAGCAUCCUUGCCUCUUUGCCCCCUCCUCAGCCUUCAAGGAAGGAGACCCAGUUUUUCCAGACCAGCUUCUCAACCUGGUGCUCUGAAGACCUGGGACCGUAGCUCCCCUAACAUUAACCAGGAGGCCAACAUGUGGCCAGGGUAAGCCCUCGUGGCCCAGGCCACGUGGGCCUUGAAUGCUUCCCGACUUGGGCUCCUGAGUGGGGAUUCAGGUUCCUUCCUCCGAAGGGCCAAGCCGGCUUUUAUUCCUUUGGAGAAAGCUGGGCUUCGGGUGACUUGCAUGCCUGCCGGUCGGCAUCCUUCUGGAAGAGCUCUCGGGCAUGUGACAGCCCAUUGCCGCCGGCGUGCUGUUUGGUGGUUGCCCUUGGUUUCCUGCAGCCAGGCUGCUUCAGCCUCUGCGGGGCUUGGAACCUCCCCGGAGAGUGGGUGUGAGUCUGGCUGUGCUUUUUCAAAAGCCAGGGCUGGGGGGCCGUGGACGAAGUUGCAGGUGAGCCUCUUUCUGCUUUUCCCAGGCGAAUCUUGGAAAUCAGCCCUUCGUCUUCUCCAACCUGCCCCCCCCCGCCCCCCA